AGUGCCUCAUAGUUAGCAUAAAGCCAUAAAAGCGACCCCAUUGUCCAACCUGAGCGAGAAAAAGAAUAUUUACCAAAAACAAAAAAUAAAAAAAAAAGAAAAAGAAAAUAAUUAAAAAAAAAAAAGACAAAAAGGAAACUGGCUAGGGUUUGACUGAAAUUUUUUGCGAAUCGCGUGCGAAAACCCCUCUAACAGAGAGUGAGUGGAAUCGCCAAUUCCAUCAACUCGGCUUGUCAGCUCGCCAAGGAUCCAUCCAUGCCCACUCCGAAAAUCCCGCUUGUUAGAGAGAGAAUGUUCGUGGAACGUAGAGGGAGAGAGAAAAAAAUAAAAGAUUUUUGAGCUUGUGGGUUUUUGAACGUUGCGAUCGGAGGGCCCAGACAGGGUUUUUGUCGAAAUUGGAGGGAUUUUUGAUUUUCCUUGGGUUUUGGGCUUUUUGGUUUAUUCUACUUUUCCCUCAUUUUCUAUUGCUGGUGGGUUUUUGUAUUCUUCUGGGUGAAUUGGGCUUCUUGGUAGGUUUGAAUCCGGUGUAAUUGGCAUGCAAUCUGGUGGUGGAGCUGCUGGAGGAGGUCCCAGCCGGAAUCCGGGAGGUCCGGCUGGUCGGGCACCAUCGACAUCUUCGGCUGCAUCGCCUUCUUCUUCGUCUUCUGCCGUGUCGACUCCGCACUUGGGUUUCGAUGCAAUUCAGCAGCAUCAGCAACAUCAACAUCAACAUCAGCAGAUAGGUUCUAGGCAGCCAUUACAACAACAGCUACUAAGAAAACCUGAGGGCAAUGAAUCCCUGCUAGCAUACCAAGCUGGCAAUCUCCAAGGAGCUUUGGGAGUAGGCAAUUUUACACCUCAUGGUGCAAUGCCGCUGUCUCAACAGUCGAGGAAAUUCUUCGAAUUGGCUCAGCAACAGGGUUCUUCCCAAGAAGGUCACAAUAGGAGCCAAGGGCCCGACCAACAAGUAAUGAAUCCCGUCCAUCAAGCUUAUCUUCAGUAUGCUUUUCAGGCAGCGCAACAGAAAUCUGCUUUGGCAAUGCAGUCACAACAGCAAGCUAAAAUGGGAAUGUUAGGCCCUCCAUCUGGAAAGGAUCAGGACACACGAAUUGGAAAUAUGAAAAUGCAAGAACUUAUGUCUAUUCAGGCUGGUAAUCAGGCACAAGCAUCUUCAUCCAAGUCUGAGCAUUUUGGUCGUGGAGAAAAACAGAUGGAGCAAGGACAGCCACCAGCCUCUGACCAGAGGAGUGAACCUAAGCCAUUGUCGAAACCUGCCAGUAUGGGCCAAUUAAUGCAUGGAAAUGUCGUUAGGCCCAUGCAGGGGCCGCAGUCUCAGCAAAAUGUACAAAACAUGGCAAACAACCAGCUAGCAAUGGCUGCUCAGCUGCAAGCAGUGCAGGCAUGGGCUGUUGAACAUAACAUUGAUCUUUCAGUGCCUGGAAAUGUCAAUUUGGUUGCACAGCUCAUUCCACUUGUGCAGUCUAGGUUGGCUGGACAGCAGAAAGCAAAUGAAAGCAAUAUGGGAGCACAAUCAUCACCUGUUCCAGUGUCAAAGCAGCAGGUUACUUCUCCGCAAGUUGCUAGUGAGAAUUCUCCUCAUGCUAAUUCAUCCAGUGAUGCUUCUGGGCAGUCUGGCUCAGCAAAAGCAAAGCAGGCAGUAUCAUCUGGACCUUUUGGCUCUUCUUCAAAUGCUGGUAGUGUUAAUAAUAGUAACAACAUUCCAAUGCAGCAGUUUCCUGUUCAUGGUAGAGAGAAUCAAGUGGCAUUUAGACAGCCUGCUGUAACUGGUAAUGGAAUUCCUAUGCAAUCACAAGGAAACAUUAACCAAGGUGUUGAUCAAUCCCUUCAUGCUAAAAAUCCAUUAAGUAGCCCAGAAAGUAUGCAAAUGCAAUAUAGUAGGCCAGUGAAUCGAUCCUCUCCUCAAGCUUCUGUUUCUAUGAAUGAGAGAGCUUCUGGAACUCCAGUGCAAGCACAAGGUGGACCAUCUACUCACGCGUCACAACAACGACCUGGUCCUUCUGGGUUCACCAAACAGCAACUGCACGUUCUCAAAGCACAAAUACUGGCAUUUCGGCGAUUGAAGAAAGGAGAAGGUACACUCCCCCAAGAGCUUCUUAGAGCUAUUGCUCCACCUCCACUUGACUUGCAGCAGCAGCCACAGCAGCAAAAUAAUGCGGUAGGAGUAAGCGUGCAGGAUAAAUCUGCUGGGAAGGUUGUAGCAGACCGUGUAAGACAUAUGGAGUCCAGUGAAAAGGAUACGCAGGCAGCUGCAGCUAUGAAUGGGCAGACUGUUUUAAAGGAGGAACCUUUCACAAGAGAUGAGAAAUCAAAUGCAGCAGCAGUUCAUGCACAAGGUACGUCAGCUAUGGUUAAGGAACCUCCCGUACCUGUGGUUUCUUCGGGAAAAGAAGAGCAGCAACCCACUGUCUUCUCUGCUAAGUCAGACCACGAAGUUGAACGUGGUACCUCAAAAGCUCUUGUUAGAAGUGAUUCAGUGGAUAGAGGAAAGGCGGUUGCAGCUCAUGUUCCUGUAUCUGAUGCAAUGCAAGCUAAAAAGCCCACACAAGCAAGCACUGCUCCCCAACCAAAAGAUGUUGGUUCUGCUAGAAAGUACCAUGGACCACUAUUUGAUUUCCCUUUUUUCACUAGGAAACAUGACUCGUUGGGUCCAGGUACGAUGAAUAGCAACAAUAAUAACAAUCUAACACUUGCAUAUGAUGUGAAAGAUCUUCUUUUUGAGGAAGGUGUGGAAGUGCUUAACAAGAAGAGAACAGAAAAUAUAAAGAAAAUUGGUGGUUUACUUGCUGUUAAUUUGGAGAGGAAAAGGAUUAGACCAGACCUUGUUCUGCGGUUGCAAAUUGAAGAGAAGAAGCUUCGACUUUUAGAUAUACAGGCACGUUUGAGAGACGAAAUCGAUCAGCAGCAGCAAGAGAUAAUGGCUAUGCCUGAUAGGCCUUAUCGGAAGUUUGUCAGACUUUGUGAGCGUCAACGCAUGGAGCUUGCUAGACAAGUACAAGCCUCUCAAAAAGCCCUUAGAGAUAAACAACUUAAAUCCAUCUUUCUUUGGCGUAAGAAACUUCUUGAGGCUCACUGGGCUAUUCGUGAUGCACGGACUGCUCGGAACAGGGGGGUUGCCAAAUAUCAUGAAAAGAUGUUGAGGGAGUUCUCAAAAAGGAAGGAUGAUGAUCGAAACAAAAGGAUGGAAGCAUUGAAGAAUAAUGAUGUUGAAAGGUAUAGGGAGAUGUUGCUUGAGCAACAGACCAGCAUUGACGGUGAUGCUGCAGAGAGAUAUGCAGUUCUUUCAUCAUUUUUGACUCAGACAGAAGAUUACCUUCAUAAACUGGGAAGUAAAAUAACAGCUGCCAAGAAUCAACAAGAAGUGGAGGAGGCGGCUAAUGCUGCUGCAGCUGCUGCACGACAUCAGGGUCUCUCGGAAGAAGAAGUUAGAGCAGCAGCAGCAUGUGCUGGGGAGGAAGUAUUGAUAAGAAAUCGUUUUAUGGAAAUGAAUGCACCUAAGGAUAGCUCCUCCGUUAGCAAGUAUUAUAGUCUUGCACAUGCUGUGAAUGAAAGAGUCAUAAGGCAACCCUCUAUGCUGCGCAAAGGAACAUUAAGAGACUAUCAGCUUGUUGGGUUGCAAUGGAUGCUUUCAUUAUAUAACAACAAGUUAAACGGAAUCUUAGCAGAUGAAAUGGGUCUCGGGAAGACUGUACAGGUAAUGGCAUUAAUUGCUUACUUAAUGGAGUUCAAAGGGAAUUAUGGGCCACAUCUCAUAAUUGUUCCUAAUGCUGUUUUGGUAAACUGGAAGAGUGAGCUGCAUACCUGGUUGCCAUCUGUGUCUUGCAUAUAUUAUGUUGGUAGCAAAGAUCAGAGAUCAAAAUUAUUUUCCCAGGAGGUCUGUGCCAUGAAAUUCAAUGUACUUGUGACAACUUAUGAGUUCAUCAUGUAUGAUCGCUCAAAGCUUUCUAAAAUAGAUUGGAAGUACAUUAUAAUUGAUGAAGCACAGAGGAUGAAAGAUAGGGAAUCAGUUCUAGCUCGCGAUCUUGAUAGGUAUCGUUGUCAGAGGCGUCUUCUUCUUACUGGGACACCAUUACAGAACGAUUUGAAGGAAUUGUGGUCACUUUUGAAUCUACUUCUCCCUGAAGUGUUUGAUAAUAGGAAGGCAUUUCAUGAUUGGUUCUCAAAGCCAUUUCAAAGAGAAGCUCCUACACAGAAUGCAGAAGAUGACUGGUUAGAGACUGAAAAGAAAGUCAUAAUCAUCCAUCGGCUCCACCAAAUUUUAGAACCAUUCAUGCUCCGGCGGCGUGUUGAGGAUGUCGAGGGUUCCCUUCCCCCGAAGGUUUCAAUUAUAUUAAAAUGUAGAAUGUCGGCUAUUCAGAGUGCUAUUUAUGAUUGGAUUAAAUCUACUGGUACUAUUCGAGUUGAUCCAGAAGAUGAGAGGCGGAGGGUUCAAAAAAAUCCAAUUUAUACAGCUAAGGUGUAUAAAACGUUAAAUAACAGGUGUAUGGAACUACGUAAAACCUGCAAUCAUCCAUUGCUUAAUUAUCCAUAUUACAGUGACUUAUCCAAGGAAUUCAUUGUAAGAUCUUGUGGAAAACUGUGGAUUAUGGAUAGAAUCCUUAUCAAACUUCAGAGAACAGGACAUCGAGUACUUCUCUUCAGUACCAUGACAAAACUCCUUGAUAUAUUGGAGGAAUACUUGCAGUGGCGAAGACUUGUAUAUAGACGAAUUGAUGGCACAACUAGUUUAGAAGAUCGUGAAUCAGCCAUAGUGGACUUUAAUAGCCCUGGUUCAGAUUGCUUUAUCUUCUUGCUUAGUAUUCGUGCUGCUGGUCGAGGGCUUAAUCUUCAGUCUGCUGAUACAGUAAUCAUAUAUGAUCCUGACCCAAACCCUAAAAAUGAAGAACAGGCAGUAGCCAGGGCCCAUCGUAUUGGACAAACAAGAGAAGUCAAAGUCAUAUAUAUGGAAGCAGUUGUUGACAAAAUUCCUAGCCAUCAAAAAGAGGAUGAACUGAGAAAUGGAGGUACAGUUGAUUCAGAGGAUGACCUUGCCGGUAAGGAUCGGUAUGUGGGAUCCAUUGAGAGCCUCAUUAGAAACAACAUUCAGCAGUAUAAGAUUGACAUGGCUGAUGAGGUUAUAAAUGCUGGUCGCUUUGACCAGAGAACCACUCAUGAAGAGAGACGCAUGACAUUGGAGACAUUAUUGCAUGACGAGGAGAGAUAUCAAGAAACCGUUCAUGAUGUUCCCUCCUUGCAAGAGGUUAAUCGCAUGAUAGCUAGAAGUGAAGAAGAAGUUGAAUUGUUCGAUCAAAUGGAUGAAGAAUUUGAUUGGAUUGAGGAAAUGACUAGUUAUGACCAGGUCCCUAAAUGGCUUCGUGUUGGUACACGGGAAGUUAAUACAACCGUUGCAAAUUUAUCAAAAAGACCAUCAAAGAACAUUUUGUUUGGUGGGAACGUUGGAGUGGGAUCCAAUGAAGUGGGCUCUGAUUCAUCCCCAAAAACUGAGAGGAGGAGGGGACGACCGAAGGGGAAAAAGCAUCCAAAUUACAAGGAAUUAGAUGAUGACAAUGGUGAAUACUCGGAAGCAAGUUCUGACGAGAGAAAUGGAUAUUCUUUGCAUGAAGAAGAAGGAGAAAUUGGGGAGUUUGAGGAUGAUGAAUUUGGUGGUGCUGCUGCGGCACCCGAAUGUAAUAAAGACCAAGUAGAAGAAGAUGGUCCAACUUGUGAUGGUGUAUUUGAGUAUCCUCGAACUUCAGAAGGUGUUAGAGUUAACCAUACAGUAGAAGAAGCUGGCUCCUCAGGGUCAUCUUCAGACACUCGAAAAGUGACAAGGAUAGUGUCUCCAGUUUCCUCGCAGAAAUUUGGGUCACUAUCAGCGUUAGAUAGUAGACCCGGUUCUGCAUCAAAAAGACUUACAGAUGAAUUAGAGGAGGGUGAAAUUGCUGUAUCUGGAGAUUCACACAUGGAUCACCAACAAUCUGGAAGUUGGAUUCAUGAACGUGAGGAGGCUGAAGAUGAACAGGUUUUACAGCCCAAGAUAAAGAGGAAACGUAGUCUUCGUAUUCGCCCCCGUCACAAUGUGGAAAGGCCAGAAGAGAAAUCCAGUAAUGAGACAUCUUCCCUACACCGUGGAGAUUUGUCUCUUCAACGUGGAGAUUCAUCACUGUUGCCAUUUCAGGACCACAAGAAUGUGACACAGUUACGAGGUGACCCGGACAUCAAAUCCUAUGCAGAUUCCAAUUCUUUGAGGCAUGAACAAAAUGAAUCCUUGAAAACUAGGCGGAAUCUGCCUUCAAGGAGAAUAGCAAAUACAGCAAAAUUGCAUGCCUCACCAAAAUCUUCUCCCAAGUCUGGUAGUAGCAGAUUGAAUAACAUGUCUGCUUCUGUAGAUGAUGCUACUGAGCAUCUUAGAGACAAUUGGGAUGGAAAAGUUGGAAAUUCUAGCGGUACUACUGUUUUGGGCUCUAAGAUGCCUGAGAUCAUCCAGAGAAGGUGCAAGAAUGUGAUAAGCAAGCUUCAAAGGAGAAUAGAUAAGGAAGGACCUCAAAUUGUACCUUUGCUUACAGAUUUGUGGAAGCGGAUUGAGAAUACUGGCUACACAACUGGAUCUGGGAAUAAUCUUUUGGAUUUAAGAAAGAUUGAUCAGCGUAUAGAGAGGUUAGAGUAUAACGGUGUUAUGGAGCUGGUAUUUGAUGUGCAGUCUAUGUUGAGAAGUGCAAUGCAUUAUUAUGCGUUCUCACAUGAGGUACGAACUGAAGCCAGGAAAGUACAUGAUUUGUUCUUCGAUAUCUUGAAAAUUGCAUUCCAUGACACAGAAUUUCGAGAAGCUAGAAGUGCUCUUUCAUUUUCUAGCCCAGUUUCCACAACUGCUGCUCCUUCACCUAGGCCAGCUGCUGCUGUUUUAAGCAAGAGACAGAAGAUGAUAAAUGAGGUGGAACCUGACCCAAGCCCCCUACAGAAGCCGCAGCAAAGGGGACCUGUAUACAAUAGUGAAGAAUCCAGGAUGAGAAGCCUUGUGUCACAGAAAGAACUGAGACAUGGUAGUGGCAGUGGCAGAGAGCAAAUUCAGCAAGAUGAUUCUCCUCGUCCUGCUCAUCCUGGGGAUCUCGUUAUUUGCAAGAAGAAAAGAAAAGACAGGGAAAAGUCUCUGGCGAAGGUUAGGACUGGGUCGGUUGGCCCUGUUUCACCCCCCAACAUGACUCGUGGUAUUAAAAGCCCCGGUUCUGUUUCCGUUACCAGAGACACAAGACUAACUCAACAAGCCACUCAUUCUCCAGGGUGGGCUAACCAGUCUGCUCAACCUUCAAAUGGGGGUGGAGGGUCUGUUGGUUGGGCAAACCCAGUUAAGAGGUUGAGGACAGAUUCUGGGAAGAGGAGGCCAAGCCAUCUAUGACCUAGAAAGAAUAGGAUACUGAUGUAAUGGAGACUUUUCUUACUUUCCCUACCUUUUUUUUUCGUGUUCAUUAUUGGUGGCCCUUCUUGGCCCAACUGCAAUUAUUAGCCAAUAUUGUUAAUAUAGUUUAGGGAUCUGUUUUAUCCGCCUUGUAGGUUACAAUCGCCUCUUCCCAUGGAAUUCUUAGCAUUGUCCCUCAUAAAUUACAACUCUUUGUAUAGAUAUGCUUCAUAUUAAUCGUCAGAGUUUAUAGUUUUCCAAAA